AUGGAAGGUCUACAAGUAGAUGCUCUGUACACUGACAUGUCCAAAGUCUUCGAUGUGAUCAACAUAGACGCUCUUCUGUCGGCGCUGUGCAAAAAUGGAAUCAGCGGCAUUUGCUUACAAUGGAUUCACUCAUACUUAAUCGAUAGAACGCAAUACGUUAAGCUGGAGAACUGUGUCGUUUGUGCUCCGCUGGUUAUUUGUUUUCCAGACCAACCAGCCUGUGAUAUGGCCACCGAGCGACGUAUAAAGUCUCUGAAACUGCGCAUCCGCAGCUUAGAGACUUCUUUCAAUCUCAUCAGAGUUUUUGUCAAUAACUAUGAUGACGAAACUCACGCCGUCGAAGUCCCAGUACGUCUAGAAAAUCUCAUCGCGCUCUGGACGGACUACUCUAAAACCCAGGCCGAACUCGAGGCCUCCGAUGUCGACGAUUUAGAAAGCAUCGAGCAGCAGUUUAAGCAACGCUCACAAUUUGAAACUGAGUACUAUCGUGUGAAGGGAUUUUUGUUGGCAGUUAAUAAAAAUGCUUCGACACCGUGCCCUCAGCCUGCUCCCUCAAAUUCGCAUUUCCCUGCUUCCUCUCAUAUUCGGCUGCCAGACGUGAAGCUUCCUGUAUUCAACGGCUCCCUAGACCAGUGGCUAAACUUUCACGACCUGUUUCUCUCUCUGGUGCACUCUUCUGGGGACUUGUCGAACAUACAAAAAUUCUACUAUUUACGAUCUUCGUUGAGUGGAGAUGCUCUCAAACUCAUACAGACUAUUGCGAUCAGUGCAAACAAUUACCCCGUAGCCUGGAACCUUCUCGAAUCAGCUUCUGACCUUCACUCUCUGGUCGAAAGGUUUGAAGCAAACGUCCGGAUUCUUAAGCAGCUGGGAGAGAAAACCGAAUAUUGGGACGUCUUGCUUAUCCGAAUGCUGAGCAUUCGCCUUGACCCAACCACCCGUAGAGAUUGGGAAGAAUUUUCAUCGUCAAAGGAGGGUGCAACAUUCCAGGAUCUUGUAAGUUUCCUUCAACGAAGAGUCACGGUCCUACAAAGUGUAUGCAACAAUCUACCAGAAGUUUCGUCAAUCAGAAAACCAGUACCACGUCCUACACUCGUCAGCCAUGGGGCUACUCAGUCCAACUUUCGCCAAUGUUUCGCCUGUUCCGACCACCAUCCGAUGUACCAAUGUCCGGUUUUUUCCAAAAUGACCUUUGAGGACAAGGAGAAGUUAGUUCGUCGCCAACAACUUUGCCGGAAUUGUCUGCGGAAGGGUCAUGUAGUUCGGAAUUGCUCAUCGAAGAACACCUGCCGGAAAUGCCGAGGGAGACACCACAGUCAGCUUUGCAGUGAAGCGCCUGCUGCUGCUGAGCGCAUCAAGCCACGAAGUGAAUCCAACGCAACGACGGAUCCCAUUCCAACCAGCGAAGCUUCUUCUUCGCUAUCAGCCGCAGUGCACGCCCCAGUUACUGGUCGAAAGUUGAAUAAGGUGAUUCUCGCAACUGCAGUGAUUAAUUUAGUCGACGAUCAUGGUAAUAACCACUUGGCAAGGGCACUUCUGGAUUCAGGAAGCGAGUGCAGCUUCAUCACCGAGUCAUUCUCACAGCGACUUCAGAUUCAACGCAAAAGGGUCUAUCUCUCAAUAUCCGGCAUUGGCCAAUCAUCAACGCAAGCUCGCCUGAAACUUCGAACUACAGUACGAUCUCGAAUUUCCGGAUAUUCAACUGUCGUAGACUUGCUCGUGCUGCCUAAGCUUACGUUGAAUCUUCCCUCAACCACGAUGGACAUCUCAAAAUGGAACUUUCCUGAAGAAAUCAAGCUUGCGGACCCAGCCUUCUACCAAACUCAAGCCAUCGACGUGGUCCUGGGCGCUGAAGUGUUUUUCGACAUUUUCAAAUCUUCAGGUAGAAUCUCGCUAGGUGAAGGUUUCCCGAUGUUGGUGGAUUCGGUCUUCGGCUGGGUUGUUUCCGGGAAGAUUCAUCGGUUGAUGCAACGCUUUUGGAGCAUUGAGGAGGAAAACGGGGCUGCGUGUCUGUCGGCAGAAGAAGCAGAGUGCGAGAAUCAUUUUCGUCGAACGGUACAGCGUUCUCCAGAUGGCCGGUACAUCGUACGAUUACCCUUGAAGGAGGCAGCAGUCAACAUUGGUGACAACCGCAGCACGGCAUUACGGCGAUAUUACAUGAUUGAAUCUCGUCUUCAACGCAACCAGGAGCUUCGGAUUCAAUAUCGGGACUUCAUGGCCGAAUAUGAAACCUUGGGUCAUAUGCAGCAAGUGCUAGGCGAAUCGGAAUCCAACUCUUCCCGGUACUACUUACCUCUGUAG